AUGAGCAGAUUGUUGGUGGGAGUGACCCUCGAGAGGAUUUGCAAAGCUGUACUUCUCCUAUGUUUACUGCACUUCCUUAUCAUCAUGAUUCUCUAUUUUGAUGUCUAUGCCCAGCGCUUGGACUUUUUCAGCCGCUUCAACGUACGCAACUCUUCCCGCUCUCUGCCCUACGCCAAUGUCUCUCGGCCUAAUAGUACUGCUGGGCCUCUGGGCUCUGAGCUCCUGGCUCCAAGUGUCAAGUCUGUUGGGAGUAACCACACCGUCACUGAGAAGCCCUUGCCACCCUGCCCAGAGAUGCCGCCUGGUCUUGUGGGCCGACUCCUUAUUGAAUUUAGCUCUCCCAUGAGCAUGGAGAGAGUGCAGCGGGAAAACCCGGAUGUUCAGGAGGGUGGCAAGUAUUCACCCCUGGACUGUGUGCCUCGGCAGAAGGUGGCCAUCCUCAUACCUUUCCGCCACCGCGAGCAUCACCUCAAAUACUGGCUGCACUACUUGCAUCCAAUCCUACGACGUCAGAAGGUGUCCUAUGGAAUCUACAUUAUUAAUCAGUUUGGUGAAGACACGUUUAACCGAGCCAAGUUGUUGAAUGUGGGCUUCCUGGAAGCCUUAAGAGAUAGCGAGAGCUAUGAUUGCUUCAUAUUCAGUGAUGUUGAUCUUGUGCCCAUGGAUGACCGGAAUCUUUAUCGCUGUUAUGACCAGCCUCGGCACUUUGCUGUUGCCAUGGAUAAGUUUGGUUUCCGGUUACCAUAUUCUGGCUACUUUGGAGGAGUCUCUGGCCUAAGCAAGACACAGUUUCUGAAGAUUAAUGGCUUCCCUAAUGAGUACUGGGGCUGGGGUGGAGAAGACGAUGACAUCUUUAACAGGAUCUCACUUAAUGGCAUGAAAGUAUCACGUCCUGAUGCACGCAUUGGGCGCUAUCGCAUGAUCAAGCAUGAGCGUGAUCGACAUAAUGAACCAAAUCCCCAACGGUUCACCAAAAUCCAGAAUACCAAGGUGACCAUGAAACGUGAUGGCAUUGGUUCACUUCAGUACCGCCUCGUGGAGAUGUUUCGCCGCCCCAUGUACACCAAUGUAACUGUGGAUAUUGGCCGACCGCCGCCACGCCCCUCUCGGGGUUGACUCUGCUGCUUGGCCCUGCCCAUGGUCCCAUGCAUGAGGAGCAACAUGGAUCUCAGCCCUGACUGGUUCAGAGGACUGUGUCCUGACUGGGACGACCUGUCUGCCUCCUUCAUGGGAAAAGGGGAAAGGCUCUGGACACACCUUUGUCUUGUCCUUGCCUUUGGCUGAAGACCAGCUCCUUAACACUAUAGUCAGUUCUCCACAGUGCCGUUCAGAUUGGAGAAUGAAUGUGUGUUAUAUGCUUGGUCCAGUGUUUCGAUUUUGGGCAGAGCCGAGCCCCGA